AUGUCGACCUUUAAGCUUCGAUGCGCCAACAGCCGCAUUCAGGAGUGCCCGAACGAAGGAACAUACGCGUGCGCGAGCUGCAAGCUCGUCAAGUACUGCAGCCGCAAAUGUCAACUUGGCCACUGGCCUGCACACAAGGCUGAGUGCAAAGACGCCGUGGGUCAAAUCUCUUGGGAGCCAGCAUGGGUGGCGGACCAGAGAGAACCCCAUUUUUUCACCAGCGAAGAUCAGCCUUGGGGGCUGCGGAAGCGUCUGUGGUCCCGUUUUCCGGCUUUUGACAUCCUGAAGCUAGCUGAAAACGAAGGGGUAACCCACAGCCAGGAUCUUCAGCUUCUGUUUUCAGCCUGCGGUGAUCUUGGAAAUGUCGUCCAAACCCUGGCAAGUCUGCCAGACUCCUGGAAUCAGGAGAUUGAAUUGACCAUAAACGACGCGGAUGUGGACUGCAUCGGACGCAGCGUGGUGAUGCUCCUCGUCGCCAUGUGCAUUGAUAACGUGAAUGACGCUGUUGACAGCAUGAUUCACAUUUGGUACUCGGCCUUCAUCCGGAAAUCCGACGCCGACAUGCUCCAAUCGCGGAUCAAGCCCAUGAUCCGCCGCGUCUGCAACACCAUCAAAGACCAAGACCCGAACAAGCUCUACGCCAAGACAUGGAAGCGAGAUACUUUCUCGGUCAAAGUCAUCCUGAAGCAGAAGUCCUGGAUGGAUCUGCUAGGUAUUUUUGAUCGACUGGGUCAGAUCAAGCAUGACGCGGCCUCCAACAGCCGUCUCAAAGUGACAAUGGCUCCACAUCGGCAAGAUUUCCGUGACGAGCUCAUGAUGAAGAUGCCGAUAGCACAGCGACUUGCUCAUCAAAAGUAUCUCUUGGAUGGUUUGGUGCUUCCUUUUGGACAUCCUCGGGAAGAAUUUUCGGAGGCCAACCCAUUUCUGUACCGUCCCCCAUGUGUGUGGCAGCUGAACGAUGCGCUCAAUCCGAUUUUUGGAUGGCCACUGGAGGACGUUCUCGAGACUCCCGGUGCUGCUUCUGAAAAUGAUGUGUACGGAAAAUUACUCAACUACCUUCGUGGCCGUCUUCGAUCUUGCAUCUCUCGAAUGUCUAUUUCGCCCACUGCUUUUGUCCUGUACCAGAUGAACCCUUUCCGGCUCUUGGAAGUUUUGGAUCUAGGGUACUUUGAUCGAAUCGACGCAACUGGCAUCACAGACAGAGAUCCAGAUAACCCCCUCUCCGCCCUCUCCACGUACAUCCCACUAUUAAAAGACACCAAACGAAACCCCUGUGCCACAUUGAUUCUUUUCUUCGAAACAGCCGUCAAAUCAUGCAUAUCAGACGGCUUCAUCACGGAAGAGGUUGAACAGAACCCGAGAGUGAUAGAAAUUCUCGGUAGACUUCUCCCACCGAGAAUGUCCUCGUUCGUCUGGGAGCCCGCACUCUUGAUUUUCUCUCAAGCAAUCUCUCUACUUAUUUCCUACGAUGAAGUCUUUAUCGAAUAUCUGAAUCAACGAGGUUUCGAAGCUGCCUCCAAAGCUCUCGGUGCAGGAUUGAAAGACUCCAACACUAUCAUUUCUGAAUUUCCAUACCCAGUCGAUCCUCAGCCCGAAAAUCAGGAGCCUUUUAACAAGCUCAUGAUGCGGCUCCGGGAAAGUGUGGAUGGGAAGGAGGUUUACUUGGAGUGGCGGCGCGAGGUUCAGUCGGAGGAUAGGCCCUCCGACUCGCGGGGAGGAGGAUGA